CAUCCAAACAGACACUCCUGUCCUUCACCAUUCCAAGUUUCCAACACUCUUUCUCUUUCUCCCUCUCACUCUCCCCCCACCCGUGGACUCCUCUCCCCUCCUCUCCCCCAAGCAGCAAGAAAUCCUCCAAGUUCCACCUCAAUUUCGGCCAUAACCCAACGAGCAUCCGAAUCAAGAAACCCCUUUUCAACUCCUUCUCGAUCUCUAGCUAGCCACAAGUCAAGGGCAGCAGGCAUCACACCACACCACCUGCUGUUUGCAAGUUGCAAGAAGUAGAGGAGAGAGAUCAAUGGAGCUGUUCCCAUCACAGCCAGACCUGCAGCUGCAGCUCCAAAUCAGUCCUCCCCCUGCCACCAAGCCAAUGGACUUAGGGUUUUGGAAGAGGGCUCUCGACACCACCACCGCGACCACUACAGCAUCAGCGGCAGCAACCAUCGCCGCUCCGUCCAUCAACAGGGCAUACUCCUCCGCCGUAGCGGCAGCCGGCAGCGGCUUCCACGCAACUGGCGCCGAUGGCCUCUUCGAUGGGCUACAGUUCUUGCAGCACACCCAGCCCAUCCUCAAUCAUGAGGUGCAGGACCUGGCUUCCAUGAGGCCCAUCCGCGGCAUCCCCGUGUACAACACCUCGCAGUCGCUCCCUUUUCUCCAGAGCCAGCUCCACCACCACCACCUCCACAACCACCAGCAUUGCUACGACGCGAUCGGUGGCGCGGCCGGCGGGCCGAGGUCGCCCGGCAAGGCCGGCGUGCUGCGGCUGGCGGCGCCGCCGGCCAAGCGGGGCUCCCGUGCGCCGAGGAUGCGGUGGACGACGUCGCUGCACUCGCGGUUCGUCCACGCCGUCGAGCUGCUUGGAGGCCACGAGAGAGCAACACCCAAGUCAGUUCUUGAGCUAAUGGACGUGAAGGAUCUAACCUUAGCACAUGUCAAGUCUCAUUUGCAGAUGUACCGGACCAUCAAGACCACUGAUCACAAACCAGCUGGUGCUCCAUCCUACGGGCAAGCCAAGACAAUCAUAGACAUCCCUGACGACAGCUCCUUCGACAUCACCAACACCAGUGGAUCUGAGUGUUCAGUCCAGCAAUCAAAUCUUGACGGGAACGACCAUGGAUCCAACAUGUGCGCUCUCUGGAGCAACAACUCUUCGAGCGGAGGGGCCUGGUUCCAUGGAAAAUCAAGAGAUGCCAACCCAGGCGACAUGAAAUCCUUUGAGGACGUCCAAUCGCAGUGCCUCGACGUGGACAAUGCCUCCUACCUGAUGUCGUCACCGUUCCGACUAUCUGAAUUGGUCGUCGGCGCCAAGAAGCCGAACCUCGACUUCACCCUAGGACGAAUGUAACCUGUCGCUGAUGCGUGUUGAUCGAUCCAUCGCAGUGGAAGAUGUCUAGCUAGUUAGCUAUAUGAUCACCUAUAGGUUAAUGAGAUGCAUAUACUCGUGUGGCGCCAGCCCCAUAUGCAUGUGUGUAUGAAGCGGAGGAGGGAGCCAACAAAGCAAGAUGAUGAGAAAGCAAAAGAGGCUGAGAAUUAAAGAAUAAGACGAGACAACCGUUGAUCUAGGAACAAAGUGCAAAAGGGGAGAGGGAGAGACAUGGGUGCGUGCAAGUGUGCGUGCGUGGUAGAGAGAUGGAUAGCGAGAGAAAUAGGCUUUAUCAAAGGCAGGAAGGCAAGCAGGAGCAUGCAACAGGUACCUUGCCUGCCUGCCUAAAGGGCUUGCAGAUAUAUGUGCCUAUAAUCCUACAUAUCGAUCGCUUGCUUCUGGUGCACACACGAUGGAACUAGCUAGGAGAGUGUAGUAUGUGCGUGCAUGGUGCCUGAUGAGACAGAGCUGCAUGCUAGGUUAAGAAAGGUUUCAUCUUUUUGUUAUGCACAAGAAAGGUGCAAAGUUGAUGUGCUUA